AUGCAUAAAUUACAAAACGAUAACCACGCUAUUGUCAUUAAUCCUGAUAAAACACCAGCUGGAGAGCAUAUUCGUAGAUUUAAUGCACCUGUUGUUGACGACGUUGCGGGAAUCAUGGUUGGCGAUUGUACAGGUGCACGAGAAAUUGUGGUUCGUAGAAGGAGUAAUAAUCUUCAGUUCAUUGCUGAUACACAUCGUUCAUAUGAUGCUCUCCAAUAUCCGCUAAUGUUCUGGAAGGGACAAGACGGAUACUGCAUAAAUAUCAAACAACGCGAUCCCGUAUCAGGAGCCGAAACAAACAAGAACGUUAGCUCGAAAGAUUAUUAUGCGUACCGAUUGAUGAUUCGACGCGGCCGGGACAACGUCAUUCUACGAUGUCGCGAGCUUUGUCAACAAUUCAUGGUCGACAUGUACGCCAAGAUAGAAGGCGAACGACUACGAUACUUACGAUAUAAUCAACUCAAGCUGCGUGCGGAAGAGUACAUUCACUUGCGGGACGCUAUUAACAACAACGCUGACGCUGCCGAAAUUGUUGAGUGGCAAAAGCGAGGAUUACCUCAUGCUCACAUUUUGGUUUGGUUAAUCGAUAAAAUCCGUCCUGAAGAAAUCGAUAGUAUCAUUUCUGCAGAACUUCCAGAUCCGUCUACUGACCAACUGCUGUUUGAUAUUGUUACAGCGAACAUGAUUCAUGGUCCAUGCGGUACUCUUAAUCGUACAUCGCCUUGCAUGGCAGAUGGAAAAUGCACUAAAAAUUUCCCUAAAGAUUUCACGAACGAUACGAUCACAAAUGUCGACGGAUAUCCAAUAUAUCGUCGAAGAAGUCCCGAUAAUGGCGGACGAUCAUUUAUUAAAAACAUCAACAACACAGACAUUGACAUUGAUAAUCGUUGA